AUGUUCCCGUCUUCUGCCAGGACGGAUUACCUCGUGGAGUCACCCUCCGGGGAUGAACGUUUCCUUGUCAAAUGGUACGCCAAGGGAUGUUUGGAUUCUUCGAAAAAAGUCUCCUAUGAAACGCAGAGGAUCAUGGUGUUUAGAGAGGAAGAGACUCUAGAGGGAAGAUUCAUGUGUUACACUGAUGACAUUGGAGAUCUCUGCAUGUUCAUGUCAAAGGCCGAGGCUUUUUGCGUCCCGGCAAGCUCUUUCCCUGGCCUCAAACCUAACUCCAUCUAUUUUCUAGGAUUCGGCUUAGGUACUUACGAUCUCACCACCAGAACCGUCUCUACUUUUCAUGUAUCCGGAGGUGUACUUGAUCGUGUUUGGGCUCCAUACUGGUUUCCUCCAUCUUCUGCCUAG